AUGACAAGAAGUGUAAGCACAAAUUUCGGGGAACAAUUAAGCACUGAAUCCAAAAAAUUGGUAGAUGAAAUACGCUUGAAAAUUAACCAACCAAUACAUCCUAAUUUCGACAACGACUUUAACAUUUAUCGGUUUGUGUUAGCUUGUGAAAGGGUACUAAAGAAAAAAAAAGAUGUUGUGGAUACCGCUGUUAAAGCCCUCAACAAUCAUUUGCGCAUUCGAAAAGCAUUUAAUUUGGAUAAUUUGCCAGAUCUUCCAUUUCCCGAAAACCCUAUGUACUCUCUAAAACUGUUUCCGAUGGGAGAUAUUCUGAAUGUAACAGAUAACCAUAAUAGAUUGUUAUGGUAUGUGGAGUAUAAAACAGUCAAUGUUGAGGCCAUAGCUCAUACAGUGCGCAGUUCAGAAUCUAUACGCUUACAAUUUCGUCAAUUCGAACAUAUGCUCAAAAGAGUCAAUCAGCAAGAACAGAAAACUGGUCGACUAAGUGGUUUAAGACAUAUUAUUGAUCUAAAUGGCUAUGAAAUUAAUCCGUUCACUAUGAUCUUCGCUACGAAUGGCAAUUUAGCCUAUUUCUCCCAGCUUCUUCAUUUCGAUAAUUAUCCUGAGCUAGUAAGCCCGGUGGAGAUGGUAAAUACUUCGAAAUGGAUUCAUUUACCUUAUAAAAUAGCACGAACAAUGAUGCCUGACAGCUUCAUAGAACGUUUCCGACUGCACAAUGAAAACUUCCUGCCUAAUUUAUUGAAAGAGAUUAAAAUUGAAGAUAUCCCCGCUACUUUGGGAGGCAAAAAUGAGGAAAUUCAAUGUCAGCCAGCAGAACAAGAACAACGUGUCAAACCGAAAAGCCUUGAAUCACCAAGCAAUUUGGAAACGAUUAUAAUUUUACCAGGAAAACGACGUCAAAUUUAUGUAGACAUAAAGGAGAAAGGAAACAAACUACAGUGGUAUUUUACUACGGAUAGCGAUAUCAGUUUCGGCGUUUUUUACGAGCCUCCACAUCAAAUCCUAUCAUCAAACAAAGCAAUAACUGGCAUGCGACAAGGACAAGAGAUUAACACUGAUGAACUUGAAAUGGUUUAUCCAUGGCUUAAACUGAGUGCGAAGUUAGUUCCUGAAGUGGAUUCAAUAGAAUGCACAACACCGGGUCGUUAUUGGAUAAUUAUUUGUAACAAAUCAUCUUGGAUGCGUCGGAAAACAGUGAACUUAGUCAUUCAGCUAGUAUACAAAGAUAGUGGCUAUGCCAAACAGUGUCACAGCGAUGGAACAUUUGGCAGUUGCUCAAAACCGUUCGUUGCUGAUUAUUUGCUAUAA